GUCCUGAUACUUCUUUGGCAGAUUUUGUUGCUACAGAUUUAAAACAAUUUAGUGAAUGGACUGAUGGAUUAAAUAUGUUAUUUGAUAAAAACAUUGGUAGUAAAGAUACUGCCGAAUUUAUUCAAGUUUUGACUGAAAUUGGGAUUAAAGUUAAAUUAUUGGAUUUAAGUGGUGAGAAAGUGGAAAUUCCUCAAAGUGUUGAAGUACCAAGUGAACUUCCUGUUAUUACAAAUG